CAGAUAGAAGACGGUGUAGGUGACAAAAUGGGAAUGCUUUCGAGAGGAAUAACCACAUUUAUCGCAAGUGCAGUUGUAGCUCUUAUAUUCAAUUGGAGGGUCACUCUUAUUAUCGUUGCCGUGGGUCCAGUAUCUACAGUCACAAUGAUGAUUAUGGCUUGGUUGUCAACCUCUCCGAUGAACAAGGUGAUGGAAGUCUCAGCUGAGGCAGGAAGUAUUGCCGAGGAAGCUAUCAUGAACGCCAAAACGGUGGCAGCAUGUAAUGGUCAAGACUAUAUGGUCAAGGUAAGAAGAUCUAUAAACAGAUUAUCUUCUUUAUAAUU